CUGCUAAACGGUUCGGGUGGUUUGCGUCGCUUUGUCGCGCGACUCAGACGAGUGAUAAAAAAACGCAUAAAUUAAUAGAAUCUGGCAAAAAUUAAUAAAUGUUUAUAUUUAAUUGCACAAAUAUUUUAAUAAAUUGAGAGCGCCAGACAGCGAGCACAAGAGCAAUUAAAACAACAAGUUCACAACAAAGAAAAUGGCGGCGUAGCAAACAAUAAAAACCAGCGACAACAACGCGGUGCCAACUACGCAAGCAGCGCAGCUUAGUAAACUCUUUUUGGCUGCACAAAAAAUUAAUCUGGUUUUAUGUUUUACUUUUAUGAGUCGCGCGCGCGCCAUUUGUAUCUGUACAUUUGUGUGCGUGUCUGUGUGUGUGCCUGGGUGAGAGAGUGCUUGUAGAAAAUACCAUAAAACGUGCAGGCAACAACAGCAACAAAUACAAUAAUUAAUGCCCUGUUACAGUUUUACAUUUGUUUACUUUUGUGUGUCAACUUUCGUCGCGGUUGUUUUUUAAUGUGAUUACCUCGCUUUAUGUCGUUACUUUUUGGAAAUUGAAACGACGAGUAAACUGUGGAAAAUCACUUUUCCAUACAUUUUAACAGGAGUUGCCGCAGCUAAUUUGGCCAGCGCGGCCAGCUCUAACAGAAGCGCGCCAUGCAUCGCUCACUGAAGCCGCACGCAUCGACGGCACAAGCUAAAAAGGUACAGCCGCCAACCAUACCGGGAGAUCAACAGCCGACGCCUGCCUCGCCCAUUGGCCAUCAUCAGCCGUUAAUACCGAUCUACAGGCUGAGCGGACCACUGCGACACCAUCAACAGCAGCAGCAACAGCAGCAGCAACAACAACAGCAGCAGCAGCAGCUACUGGACGAUGGGAUUUGUAGCAUGAGUGGCAGCAGCAUUGUAUCGUCGCCCUCGCUGGAGGAGGGCGGCUUCAACUUGCCGCGCGAGACGAGCGUGGCGCUGCGCAUGAAGGAUGAGACGACAGCCGGAGCAGCAACUGUCGGGGUAGUAAGCUCUGGCAGUAAGCCCCCGGCGCAGGCUCCGCUGCCGCCCAGCAUUGUGGCGUGCCCGCCGCCCGUGUUUUGCGCAACGCUGCGCGAGCCACUCACCCAUAAGGCGGCGGUUUACUAUCAUCAGCAGCUGGCGCUGCAGGAGGAUCAGGGCAUUGAUCUGACACAGUCGCCUGGUCGCGAUUCGCCGGGCUCGUCGUCGGGCUCGGCUGGCUCUGGCUCACGACAUAGCACCGCCAGCCUUGACUCGGGUCGUGCCUCCUCCUAUUUGACAGGCGUGUCCUCGUCGGGCGCUUCUAUACGGGCGCCGCUCUCCUCACCGCGCUGCAGCUCGGUCAGUUCCUGCUCGAUUGGCAGCGUCGACCGGCAGCGGAACGAUGAGCUAAUCAUUGACUGGCUGCUCGAGAUGAAAUACGAGGAGUACGCCCAGCUCUUUAUAGCCGCCGGCUACGAUUUGCCAACGAUUGCGCGCAUGACGCCCGAGGAUCUCACCGCCAUUGGCAUCAAGAAUCCGCAUCAUCGCGAGCGCAUCAAACAGCGCAUCGACAAGCUGCAGGUGCUCGACAAUUUGCCACACUUUGUGCCGGGCUCAAUCGAGGAAUGGCUGCAGCUGUUGCGCUUGGAGGAGUACAUACAGCCGCUGCUCGAGCAGAACUACAAGACGGUGCGCGAUGUCACCCAAGUGACUUGGGAGGAUCUCGAGGACAUUGGCAUUGUCAAGCUGGGACAUCAAAAGAAAAUACUGCUGGCCAUCAAGCGGGUCAAGGACAUUAUCAGCGGCAAAUGGAAUCCGGGCGGCACCAAUGCCUAUCAGCAACAGGAAUACCAGCGCAAGCCUUGGCAAUUCAAUGUGCCCAUACCGAGUACGCCAUCUUAUGUGCCAACCACGCGUGUCUCCUGGGACGACACGAAGAUCUAUGCGACGAGCGCGAAUGUGAAUACCAUGGCCAACGGGCUCAGCGGUGGCCACAGCGGUGGUCUAAGCACCGCCAGUGGGGGGGAUGCCUACUACUGCACGGGCAGCAAUCACGAGUGCUGUAACGGCAACGAUGUGGUGCUCAUUAAGGUGCGUCAGCCGCGCGGCAAGAGCCUGGAAUCGCUCGAGGACAUACACGACAACAGCACGCGCAGCCAUUUGACCUUUAGCCACUAUACCACCACGGACUAUGGACACUUUGGGCCACCCACAACAGCGGCAGCCGCAGCAGCAAUGGCAGCAGCUGCCACACUUCAACAGCAGCAACAUCAUCAGCUGCUCCAGCAGCAGCAGCAGCAACAACAACAACAACAGCAGCAGGCGGCGGCAGCGCGUCUAUUGGGCAGCAAUGCCGCUGCCAUGGCCUGGCGACGUUCCUACGAUGAUGGCGACAUUACACCCACCAACGAUGCCACGCGCGAGCUGCUCUACGAGGAGGGCGGCGGCACCUUGCCACGCCAGCAACGUGGCAUACUGCAGCGAGCCGUGCUGAAUACCAUGCCGCCACUGGAACAUCAUCACUACAUGAAUGCCGCGGCGGCGGCGGAGUAUGUGACAGCCGGUGGUGCUGAUGGCGCAACAUCCUAUCUGGGUGGCAGUCCCUUGACGGGCAAGAAGAUUGCGCCCGAGCCACCGCGACGUCACUGCAGCAUACGCAACUCGCGUCAGUUGAGCGUAGACGCUUCGCAGCAGGCUGCAGCUGGUGGGGCUAACCAACAGCAGCAGCAGCCGCAGCAGGGCCAAUCGCAGCACAUGUUCUAUGGCCACACGGCGCAGCAUUGGCAACAGCAGCAGCAGCAGAUGGCGGGCGGAGUUAACUCACAGCAGCAGCAGCAACCGAUCUAUGCAAACUAUGCGACCAUACAGCAGACAACCGCCGAGAUACACUGCGAGAAAUAUCACGACAAUAAGUCAAACUCCAGCAUUGAUUCGAUUGACACGAUACCGUUCGCCAAUGAGAACACCGGCACCAUCAAGCAGCGUCUGCUUAAUCGGCCAGAGCUGCAGUCGGGCGGAGCUAGUGCUGGACACCAUGCGGCCGGCACGCACUUGCACUCCUCCAGCUCCAGUUCCAGCUCGUCGUCGACGAACACCAUUGCCAACAUAACGCACUCGUUCCACUCGCUGAAAUCUUCCAGUUCGCUGCACGACGCAACAAUGGCGCGCAGCGACAGCAUGAACAGCACAGCGAGUGCCGGCAGCAGCGCCUUGCAUCUGCGCUCACCCACCUUGGAGCUGGCCAGUGGGCCAGGCAGUGGGCCUGAAUCCGGAGCAUCGCCAGAGCCAGCUGCAGCGGCAUCUGCGCCUAUCGCUGUCGGCACAGUGCCGCCCAAGGUAUCGGUCAAUGUGCUCAACGAUAUUGGCAAUAUGUUGGCCAAUUUAACAGAUGAACUGGACGCCAUGCUGGAGGAGGAGAAGCGCGUGGGCCUCAACAUUGACAGCGAGUAAAGGACGCGCCGCAGCCACAAAAACAAUCCGAAAGCAAAGUUUCCUUAAGGUGAACUCCCACAACUCGUGCCCCAAUUGUGAACGAGAAACAUUCACGUAGUGUAGCUGAAUUUUUUGUGUAAUCGUAUAUAGUUACGUCCACUCGUUGUUUGUUUGCCGUCUGCGUCCAUUAUUAGUUCUUGUUUUAAAUACUAGGCUCUAAUUUCAGUACUAACUAUAAUUUUAUUGAUUAAGUUAAAAGUUGUGCACUUUUAUAAAGGGAGGCACCUUUAAAAAAGAUUGGUAUAUAGAAUGUUAUGGCAGAACUAGUGCUUAAACAAAUUGUUGUAAUUAUUUGUUACUAUUAAAAGUAACAAGUUUUUUCAUUUUUUUCUACACAUUGCAUUUAAUUUCCAUAUAAAUUGGAAUAUAAUCAUAAUUUUUUAAUUGUCAGACAUUCCAAAACAUUUGAAAACUAAGUGUAAACAUUUACUUUUAUUCGUUUUGCUGCUGAGCCGCGCCGUAACAUGAAUAUACCAAUUGGUAAAUGUAUAAGUUUUACAAUUUAUUUGGACGAGGCCAGUUUUAUUAAUUGAAUUAUGAUUUGUAAGCACAAUAUUUAGGUGUGUAUUAAAUGUAACUCUCGAUGAACUAAAACAGAAAAGCUUUCGAAACACGUAUACUUUUGUACUUUCCCUAUGAAUGUUAACAAACAAAGCACACAAAAACGGCAAAAGAAAUUAAAAAUGUAUUAACAAAAUGAUAGCAAACAAUAAAGAAUAUCUGAAGAUAAUGAAAAGUAAGCGCAAAUUGCAUAUAUGCAACACUUGCAUAGUUAAUAUAUAGCGUAAAAUAUAUAUAUAUAUAUGUAUACAUUUAAUAAAUAUAUAAACAAAAAAAUCAUUUAUAUGGCAAGUAUUUAGAGGUUUGAUACUGAACAAGAAAUGCAACAACAGGAAAUUUGAAAGACAUAUACAAAAGAAACAUAAACUGCAAAGCACACAAACAAAAACAACAACAACAACAAGAAAACACACACAACAAAAGCAUAAAAAACUAUUUAGUAAUUAUCUAAGCAACUUUAAGUUAACCAACAUUUGUAUUUUGUUAAAAAAACAUAGAAUUUUGUUACAACUAGAAAUCAAAUCAAACUACAAAUUCAGUUGUUUAAGCAUCAUUUAAAGUGAAAACUUGGGUUUUAUAUAUAUUUAAAAUAUGUAUACAAAACAAUACAAGGCAAAACAAGCAAAAUCUAUAUGAAAAUCAAUGUAUAAUUAAGUGUUAUUCCAUAUAAACUAUAAAAUGCAUUAUAUUAAAUAUAAAAAUUAUAUAUAUAUUUAAAUAUAUAUUAGCGUUACAUUAAGCAAGCAAAUACGGGCAUUAAUGCUAAAUAACGUAUAGAAAUUCCGUGGUAUACACUUCUAUUGCCUUUCUUUAUAAUUUACUUAAAUAAAAAUUUUUUAGUGAAAAA